AUCAAUUCAAGCAGUGAUGAGGCACAGAAGCAGGUAGAAGCUCAUUUUACACGCUUGAAAAAUGCCUUGAUAGCAUCGGUGGACAAGCGACUGGAGCAGCUGAAGACUGAGAUUGAGAGCAUCAGGGAGUCAGCUCUAAAACCUUUGGAUGAGUGCAAGGCUCUAGUGGAUGAAGGUCUGAAGUCGGCAGCCCAUGUUAUGGAAGAAGGGACCAGCAUUCUCAGUAAUGAACCAGAAAGCAAUACUGAGAAAAUUAUCAAGUUCAAAGAAAAUCCCAAGACUAAAUCUCUAUCAAGCGUUCCAGCCAUCCCAAGUCCAGCGGAGGUGGCCUGUGUGAAUGUAGUUCUGAAUCCUGACUUCCAUGCUCAGCUAGAGGCUGUGAUUUCCCUAGAAGGUAAAGUGCUAGCCAGGGCACCAGUCCAGAUCACGGAUAUCAUAGAGAAGCCCGGCAGCUUGCUUGUUCAGUGGUGUGAAGAGAUUGAUGAUGACAGUGAGAUGUAUGAGUUCUGGCUGCAGUAUGCGAUGGGAGGCUACAAGAACCUGAACGAUUCCAAUGCUGUCUUCCACACUGCUUACGUCGGCACUUCCAACAGUUACCUCGUGAAGCACCUGCGGACCAAUACGGCGUACACUUUUCGUGUUUGUGGCAGAGGAGAGUCGGCGACACCAUGGUCAGCCUGGGGCGUCCCAAAAGUAGCUUCUACAUCAAUUAGUCAUUAUCAAUGGGAGACAUCAGAUAACAAUGCAUACACCUUGAGCAAUGAAAACAAAACCGCCACCCGCACGUCAGAAGGUGUCACACAUGUUCUGUACUCAAACAAGCCAAGUUUUCUGCCUGGCAACAUGUUGACCAUUAAAGUGCUGGAUGAUGCUGACAAGUCGCCAGGGGAUGGCCUGUGUAUUUCACUUGAUAACAAAGCCAAAGAGGCUUUUGGCCAGGAUGGCUUUGUCUACGUUAAUCUCUAUGGCAAUGUAUACGUAGAUGGCCAGGAGAUGACGAUGCAGCUUCCAGAGAUUAAAAAGGGCUCCAUAGUUGCCUUCCAGGCAGAGUCGCUGCCUAACGGCAAAGUCAGAAUCAGCAUUCAAACAGAAGAGAAGGAAGUGACCUUUGAUUGGAAAGUGGAUGCACUUGGUGGAGGGGACAGCGUUGACAAUGGCAGUGUGCUGAGCACGGGCAGGAAUUGUGCAAAGGGACAAGCAGAGUUCUAUUUUGGCAUCAAAUUCAGCCAGGAGGACUGGAAAAUUGCAGUAGACUAA